AUGUCGUCGAAACGUCGUGGGCCUCCCACGAAGGCGCCGCCUGUCAAGCGCCCUUCAAAGCUCGCGAAAGAGAAUGGUAUAACGGCAGAGCAAGAGGCCGAGAUACGCGAAGCAUUUGGUCUCUUCGCUGUGUCGCAUCCCGAACACGAAGGCUCUAAGGAGGGUGUGUUGAAGAAGAGCGACGUGCGCAGAUGUCUCAUUUCGCUGAACCUCACACCCGACAAGUCCGAGAUGUCGUCCAUCUUGUCUACCAUCGAUCCCCUCAAUACAGGCUACGUCGAGUUUGUGCCUUUCCUUUCAUACGCUGCCAUCGCAAUACACUCCAAGGAGCAAGGGUCCGACGAAGACGAAGACGGCGACGACUACCAAGGGGAGAGCAAUGCAGAAGAAGUCAGCGCGGCUUAUCAGCUCUUCACGCAUGGCGCCCCGGGACCGAUAACACUUGGGCAUUUGAGGAGGGUUGCAAAGGAGCUGCGAGAAGAUGUGCCAGACGACGUCUUGAAGGAUAUGAUCCUUGAGGCAAACGGCGGGGUCAAAGGUCAGGGCAAAGAUGUCGGAGGUGUCAGCCUCGAAGAUUUUGAGAGUGUUAUGAAGAGAGCUGGGCUGUCUUUCGGUGCCAAGAUUCAGGGACCUCACCCAACAAAGCACACGAAUACGAACGCAACCGACUUGGGUAACGCCAAUCGCAAUCGAAAAGACGUCCCUGCUGCUCCGAACCGUCACCACUGUUCUCAGCUCAAUGACCACGCCCUAAACCGUGGACCCUUUUCUCCCCGUCUGUCGCCUAGUUCCAUGUCCAGCGGCGUUGAAGUCCCCGGAAGCCAACGACGUCCCGGCAUCUGGUCCUACUUUAGUUUCUCUGGCCCACGCCGCCGCGUCUCCGUCUCCCUGCCACGCAGCUUCGACCCCAACCGCGCCGACGCCAGCGACCCAAACGCCAAAGCCGACAGACACUCGCGACAUCGGUCCACGUAUUCGGACGCAUUCAUGAACGACCACAAGGGCAGCGCCGUCAUGAACCAAGGGCAGCGGUUGCGCUACCUGAAGACAGGUGGCGUCAUCGCAUUCAUACUGCUUGUCCUGUAUUUCGUCGCACCGCGAGAUGGCAUAUCCAGACCGGCUGCAUCGCAUCCAUCAGGCGGCAACACAGCAGCCGGCGAUGCGCAGGCACAAUGCACAAAGUCCUACUCCAAGGACAAGCCGCUCAUCCAAUAUGCUCUCAUGGUCGACGCCGGCAGCACGGGCUCGCGCAUUCACGUCUACAAGUUCAACAACUGCGGCCCGAGCCCCGAACUCGAGAGCGAGAACUUCGAGAUGACACCCAAGCGAGAGGGAGGCUCUGGCCUCUCGGCAUACGGCGAUAACCCAGAGGCUGCCGCCAAGAGUCUGGACGUGCUCAUGGACGUUGCGCUCAAGAACGUGCCCAAGGAAUACCAGUCAUGCACACCCAUCGCUGUAAAGGCUACAGCUGGCCUCCGCAAGCUUGGCGAGGAGAAGAGCAACGCCAUCCUCGCUGCCGUGCGCAAGCAUCUCGACAACGACUACCCCUUCCCGCUCGUCUCCGAGGAGAGGAAUGGUGUAGAGGUCAUGCCUGGCGAGAUGGAGGGUGUGUACGCAUGGAUCACCGUCAACUACCUCCUAGGCAAGAUUGGCGGCCCCGACAAGAACCCUACCGCUGCUGUCCUCGAUCUUGGUGGUGGCUCCACACAAAUCAUCUUCGAGCCUACCUUCCCCGAUACUCCUCGCGGCGGCCUCCCUACCAAGCUAGCAGAGGGAGACCACAAGUACACGCUCCACUUCGGUAACCGCGACUUCGAUCUCUACCAACACUCGUACCUCGGCUACGGCCUCAUGGAAGCCCGCAACAACCUGCACAGCACUGUUCUCGCCGGCCUCCACGAGACGAACAAAGACAACAGAGAAUACCUCAAGAAGCCUAUUGUAAACCCUUGCAUCGCACCCGGCAUGGCCCGCGAAGUCGAAGUACAGAUGCCUAAGGGCCACGCACUAGGCGACUCCAUCACAGUCAACAUGACUGGCCCCUCUACCGCCUCUCCCACCCAAUGUCGUGGUCUAGUCGAGAAGACACUCCACAAAGACGACGAGUGCGCCAUCGCCCCUUGCGCUUUCCGCGGUGUCCAUCAACCUCCUUUCGAGCAGACUUUUGCUACCGAAGCCGUAUACCUCCUCUCCUACUUCUACGACCGCACACAGGAUCUCGGUAUGCCUGAGUCGUUUACGCUCCGUGAGCUGCAGGACUUGGCCGACAAGGUGUGCACGGGCGAGAAGGGCUGGGAUUCCUUCAGCGCUGUCCCCAGGGCGCUUGAGGAGUUGAAGGGCCGGCCAGAGUGGUGCUUGGAUCUCAACUUCCAGUACGAGCUGCUGAGGAGUGGGUACGGUAUGCCGAUUGAUCGCGAGGUCAAGAUUGCGAAGAAGAUCAAGGGUAAUGAGCUGGGCUGGUGUUUGGGUGCUAGUCUUCCGCUGCUUGAGGCGAACUCGGGCUGGCAAUGCAAGAUCAAGCAGGUGCAAUAG